AUGAGUGACACCGUGACGGCCAGCGUCUGCUGGAAGGCUUACGGCCACAUACAGACUUCUCUACUCCUUACAACCAGGAGAACGCCCUCAAAAUCGCAGAUCGAAUCAGUCCGUCCAGUACGAUCUGCACGCACGACCGCAGCCGUCGAAAACGGAAUCAGAAGCAUGUCGAUAACCCCACCAGAACAGCAAGUCCAAACCUUUGGGAUCGAGUUCGAAGCAUGCCUUGUCUACCACGAAGACGUAUUACAGACUAUACUGCAGGACCAUCAGAUCAACCAUCAUGCAAUAGUCAAGGGCCACCCGACGGCGUUCGACGAGCAAUUCCAGGACAGUCAACUUCAUGAUGCCACCGUGGCCUCUCAGGACUGCCGAAUGCAUUACCCUUCCUGGACACUGGCAGUGUCCGCAGACGGGGAACUUACGGCCCAAUUCGACCAUGUCGCUAGCAAUCGCGGGUCUUUCUAUCGACAAGACCCAAACGCUGCGGAGCAGAAACAACGUGUCAGGAAGCUCUACAUGGAGCAUUUGUUAAUUGCAAAGAAGGCUCUACAAUCUCAAAGCCUACCUGUCAGUGUUGUUGGAACGAUUGGGACCCACGACAGCCUUCCACUGCCCACACAAGGCAGCGAGCGCGAUCGUCUGGUCUCGAGAAGCGCGGACUACACACAUUGGACAUUAACGAACGACUUUACUCUGACAGGGUGUCUUCCGAGUCAAAUAAUCGCUUCCGUCAAACAAGUCAACGACGAAAACAUACAGCGAUUCGACAGCCACGGUCUGGAACUCAUUACACCCGUCUUUCAGUUCGACCAAUUCGACGCGUCGUUUGAUACAAUCCAUGAAUACAUCGACGCCAUCACAAACGGCCAGAUAUGCCACACAAUGCCCUCUGUGUGGGCGGGCAUGCACGUGCAUAUUGGCGUUGCUAGCGACGCAGACAAUAUCGAGAGCCGGAAACGCAGCGAAAAUUUUAUUCGCGCUCUGCUCUUCCUCCUGCUCGUGCACGAGGACUUGAUCACCAAAUGCUUCCCCCGAAGUCGGUCGGGUGAACAAGCCGUGUCACCAUGUCGAGACGUCGAGGAAACCACAGCACUCGACGACAUCAGCCCAGAAGAGCUUGAGCGGCAAUGGGAGGAGGAAACCGAAAGGGAACAAGCCGAACAAGCCCGACAAGACGCUCUGACUCCAGCAGAGAAAGAAGCAGAUCAUCUCACGAACGAGUUGAGGGAUAUACGCGAAAACGAACGCCUGGUCCUGGAGGCGGAAGCAAGACUCACCAACGCCACGGAAGUCCAGUCAAACGCGCGGCACUUUGCCGCGGAGCACUCCCUCGCAUACCCGCUGGACCCGAACACAGUGUGGAAGAUCGUGUUCGAUCCGUCUAAUUCAGCACAGCGGCUUCUGGAGACAUACCAGAGCGUCCGCGAGCGGAAAACUGCGGACGAUAGGAGGAUCCGAUCGCUCAAUCGUGGCUUCAUGUACAAUUUCAGCAAUCUGUACGAGCAUAUGUACACCGAGCCUGGCGAGGAUGGGCAGCGACAGAAGCCGACGAUUGAGUUCAGGCAGCAUGAGUGCUGUGUAGAGGCGGAAACGGCAAAGAAAUGGGUCCGCUUUCUCGAGGCGCUCACAGAGAAGGCGUCGUCAAUAGGUCAUGGAGCCUUGAAGCCUGUACCGGAUGGUCGCCAUAUUUCAUCAUGGGUGAAUUCUGUGCGUGGCUGA